AUGGGGGUAAUUGUUAAACGAGCCUAUAUCAAUUCAAGAGGUUACUCUGCAUGGAACGUACACCUGCAUGACCCAAGAUGCAAGCCUGUGAUUACCAGUUACAGCAUCAUGUUCCGUAUACCAUACACUGGCUGUGGUACAAGAACGGAGAUUGCCCGUGGAACCAUCACCUAUUCCAACACUUUGGUAGGAUCCAGUUUUGGCAACUUCAAUGAAAGAAAUACACAUCCUCUGCUAAACUUUGCCUGCAAAAUACACAGGAAUGAUGAUACCGGGACAUCGCCCAAUGUUAAAGAGUCUCCAUACCCGGAGAAUCAGUCCAGACAAUAUAUUGUCAAGUUUUUCUUUUAUGAUUCAUCGUUUUCACAUGUGAUGAAGGCUUCGCCAUACUACGUGAACACAGGCCAGGAUGUGUUUGUUCGUGCUACCCUCUACUACCCAGAUCCAAAUCUGAUGCUAUUUAUAGAUACAUGCGUGGUGUCCCCAAAUCCUCAUGACUUAACAACAUUGUCAUAUGAUUUAAUCAGAACCGGCUGCGCGAUACCUGAGCUUUGUAUUGGAAAGAGCAACACGGCCGAGCGCCCCUUAUCCUUGGCCAUGCGCAGAGGCAGGCGCCAGGCCAAGGGCCACGGCCAGGGUAACAACACAUCUGUGCCACUGGCGUUAUCAGAAGCUUUUACACCAGCUGCUCUAGCUCUUACUGAAGACAACUCAACAGAAUUUGCAGGUUUACCUCGCUGUGGCACCUCCCUCGGGGAUCUCAACAAAGCCCUAAGCAUAGAAUUAAAUUCAAAUGCAAACUGCGUCUGGCAAAUUCACAGAACUUCAAAUCAAACAAUUAGGCUCAUCUUCUCCUACUUUCAAUUUGCUGCUUCUUCAAGCUGUGAAACAGAAAGCAUUGAAGUGUACGAUGGUCCUUCAACUAAUUCAUCUUUUCUUGGGCAAGUAUGCAGCAACACUGACUCAGUCCCAGUGUUUGAAUCAUCGUCAGACAGUUUAACUUUUCUCAUAACAACAAACUCGGAGGAUUUCACAAGGAGCUUCUUUGCCUUCUAUUAUUUCUUCUCACAAGAAUCAGAAAUUGAAAAUUGUGGGGGACUCUUAACUGGUCCCAAUGGGACAUUUAUCAGCCCCAACUACCCCAAGCCUUAUCCUGAGUUUACCUACUGCGUCUGGCACAUAGAAACAGCAGAAGAAUCGAAGAUAAACUUAGAGUUUGAUGACUUUUUCCUGGAACUAGAUAAAAACUGUCGAUUUGAUUUUGUCGCAAUUUACGAUGGCCUCACCACUAACUCUGGUUUGAUUGGAAAAGUUUGUGGUCGUUCCCAGCCCACAUUUGAAUCUUCUUCAAAUGCUAUGACUAUUGUGUUAGCUGCAGAUUAUGCCAAUUCUUAUAGAGGAUUUUCUGCUCAGUUCACCAGUAUUCCACCACCAUCUCCAGCAGAACCCAACAGUAAGUUCACUUCGCUUACAUGCUCUUCGGAGAGAAUGGAAAUUGUUCUGAGCAAGUCUUACCUGGACUCUCUUGGUUAUAAUGCAACUCACCUACGGCUAAAUGAUGCAUCUUGCCGCCCGGUUUUAACAGAUUCAGUGAUUUUUUCCUUCCCAUUAACCAGCUGUGGAACAGUUAAAACGGGAGAAGGCCAGAGCAUCACUUACACUAACACCAUAAUCGCCUCUGCAACUGGCGGUAUCAUCACCCGUCAAAAGAGCAUAGAGAUCACUGUGGAAUGCAAAAUGGAAAACAAUUCAACCUUAGAAAUCAUGUACAUAACAGAAAACAAUGUAAUCCAAAACAAAACUGCCACAGGAAGAUACAAUGUUAGCAUGUCCUUCUAUAGCUCAGAUUCGUUCUCUGAUCCUGUAUUCGAAUCCCCGUAUUUUGUAGACUUGAACCAAACUCUGUUUGCUCAAGUCAGCCUUUAUUCCACUGAUCCCGACCUUUUGGUGUUCAUUGAUACCUGCAUAGCAUCUCCAAAGCCUGAUUUUGGAUCACCAACAUAUGACUUAAUCAGAAGUGGCUGCAAUAAAGACGACACUGUGGUAACCUACCCACCCCUUGAACACUAUGGGAGGUUCAAAUUUAACGCCUUCAGGUUCCUGCAGAACUCGCCCUCGGUCUAUCUCCGCUGUGAUAUUUUAAUUUGCGACAGCAACGACGGAAACUCCCGCUGUGCUCAAGGCUGUAUCUCUAGGCAGAAAAGAGCUACUUCUUCAUACGUGUGGAAAACUAACGCUGUGGUAGGGCCCAUCCGCCUAAAAAGAGAGCACAGGUCUGCAGAUCGUUCAG